CCCAAACCGCGUCUAUCUAUACAAUAUGGCAGCUUAGGCAUCCAUGCAUUUGGAGGCCUCCAGACAGUCAUAAGGCUGAGGUUAAUGUAAGCCAUAUUCCAUCAUACAUAACGUAUCCGACCUCACCAACACAAUCAAACUAUUCGGACUUGCCCCAAGAGCACGAUGGAAGUACCAACUUAUCGCCGAGCUCCCAAUUUCUCAAUCCCCCCAGAUGGGCCCCUUCAGCUUGGAACUGUGGUAGAAGACCUCAGGUUUCUCGAGCCUCUCAACGAAACAGAACGAGUCGAAAUUUCCCCAGACCACACGUAUCGGAGAAAGGACGCGGGAUUUAAUACAGCUCUCGGAAAGCUGCACCAGCACGAGAUCAACAUCAUUGCCCGGAUCCUAGGUAUAGAGGGUCUCGGCGGCGAAGUUAGCGGCAGCCACCAGAAAAGCAAAGAUACUGCGGUAUACGCCCGGGAAGUCGAGACGACCUACUUUUAUCCGUCGCCCGAAUACAUAGCCGCUACGAUGGCGCUGCCGAGCAUCCAUACGUACAUGAGCGUUACACACAAAAAGUACGCUGUCUACAUGAUUACAGGGCUCAAGAUCGCCUACGGCGCCUCGUGGUCUAACAGCGCGAGCAAGAGGUCGGGCGCAGCGGUCCAAGUCACCGUGCCCGAGCCCCUCUCCGCGAUCGUAGGUAUCGGACCCGGCGUUGCAGCAAAUUCAUCAUCUAUCACGUCGACUUCAGUCGAAGAGGCCGAUCCGUUCAUCCUUGCGUAUCGCGCGACUAAGAUAUGGUAUAGCUGGCCUAGUAGAGAUGAGGUCAAGGCGAAGUCGUAUGUAAAGGGUGCGUCUAUGGCGGACGACGGCGGCGUCAGAAAGAUAGAGCAGGAUGGGGAGCUGAAGUUCAUCCGGGAUAUUGGAGUGGACAGUGAGACUGAUAUUGAGAUAGCUGUGGUCGAAGAUCCCAUUGAUGGCAUUGAACCCUCCAGGUGGGUUCAGUCUGGUUAAGCCUAGCUUAUGCGUUUUGUUUCUCUUUAUUUUAUUAAAGGAACGAUUGAUUUGACAUGUCUAAGUCAAAAGGUCAAUUCUCAGAUAUAAUUGACUCAAGUUAUACAUGUCAUUAUAUCUGAUUGGAUGAGUUGAUGCGAUCGCACUACUUCAGUUGGCGUUUGAACCAUUUGGGUAAUUCUUUAUUCUGGGUUCCCUAUCGACGUCAUCGACUAGGUUAGAAGCUGUCUUUAUUGCGUCACGCUCAAUAUAAUUAUUCACCUCACAAUAUGCAACA